AGGGGUUGCUAAGGGUGGAGAGAGUCUGAUACGGGGGCCGGGUUGCAGGCUAAGCCAGGGUUCCGGUUUUUUGCUGGUCCCUUUACUGGGGAAGGGAUUAUUACAGUUGUAGACGUUUAGAAUUUUAGAAAAAAUAUAUUAUUUUGUUCGUUAAUGUCAUAUAGUCGUUUUCAAGUAUCAGUAGUUAUAGCUGCUUAGAAACUUGUGAAGAAUGAAGCAGAACGGUAACUUAUGCCAAAUGGCUAAUGGGCACACAACUUCAGUGGCCAAUGGACCAUUAAAAAUGAAUCCAAAGAAUGGCUUCUUGAAGACCUCCCGUCGGCAAGAGAAGGUUCAUUAUGUUGCACAGAAUGGAGGGUUGUAUAAAAAGCCUUUUAAUGAAUAUUUUGAAGAAACUCCCAUGUUAGUUGCGGUGCUGACUUAUAUGGGAUAUGGUAUUCUAACACUCUUUGGAUACCUUCGAGAUUUUUUACGAGAAUGGAAAAUUGAAAAAUGUCAUCAUGCAACUGAAAGAGAAGAACAAAAGGAUUUUGUCCCAUUAUACCAAGAUUUUGAAAACUUCUACACCAGGAAUCUUUACAUGAGAAUUAGGGAUAACUGGAAUCGUCCAAUCUGCAGUGUCCCUGGACCCAAGUUUGAUGUCCUUGAAAGGACCUCCUACGAUUACAACUGGACAUUUAAGUUCACAGGGAAUGUGAUUAAAGAUGUUAUUAAUUUGGGUUCGUACAACUACUUGGGAUUUGCAGAGAACACUGGACUCUGUACAGAAGCAGCAGCUGCUGUCACCAAAGAGUAUGGCGUUGGAGUGUGCAGUACCAGACAGGAGCUUGGAAAUAUGGAUAAGCACGAAGAACUGGAAAAGUUAGUAGCCAGAUUUCUUGGCUUAGAAGCUGCUAUGACAUUUGGAAUGGGAUUUGCAACAAACUCAAUGAACAUUCCAGCUCUUGCUGGCAAGGGAUGUCUCAUUCUUAGCGAUGAAUUGAACCAUUCAUCUUUGGUAUUGGGAGCAAGAUUGUCGGGAGCAACCAUCCGGGUUUUCAAACACAACAAUAUGCAGAGUCUGGAGAAAUUGCUGAGAGAUGCAGUUGUAAAUGGGCAGCCUCGUACACAUCGACCCUGGAAAAAAAUACUGAUCUUGGUAGAAGGCAUUUACAGUAUGGAGGGAUCCAUUGUACGCUUACCUGAGGUGAUUGCACUGAAAAACAAGUACAAAGCAUACCUUUAUUUGGAUGAAGCACACAGCAUUGGCGCUUUAGGGCCAACUGGUCGAGGUGUGGUAGAAUACUUUGGAAUCAAUCCGCAAGAUAUUGAUGUCUUGAUGGGAACCUUUACAAAGAGUUUUGGGGCAGCCGGAGGCUACAUCGCUGGCAAGAAGGUAAGAGAGCAAAUUUUAGGUACUCACUUGCAUGCUGUGUUUCAGUCAGAGAUAUUUCAGCUGAUUAUCAUUAGAGGAAAAGAAGGGAAAGGAGGCACAGAGUCCAAAUAG